AAUGAAUGAAGAUGAGGUGCAAAGAUUGGAUUAUUCAUGAAUAAUCAAAAGGUGGGAUUAUUGAAAGAAGACCGCUAAAAGGUUGGAUUAUUAGUUUCCAUUUUCCCAUUAAUUUAUCUGCAAUGCUUCUUUGUAUUUCUUCUACUUCUGUUCCUCACUCUUCUGACAUUCCUGAAUUAAAAAAAUACGAAGUAUUUGAAUUAUAAAAAUGACGAUGAUUAGUGGUUGUUCAGGGAUCUAGAAUAGUUAAAGAAAUUGUUCAAAAGUUUCAAAACAAUGUAUUGGAACUAGGAAGAUCACCUUGGAUUAAAAAUCCUCCCAUUAAUGUUCCCCACACCGGUGGAAAGAGCAUAAUUUCUCUUAACGGUGCUUUACAAAUAAGCGUAUCCUCCGGAACUAUCGAUCAGUUUCUUAAUUUCUCUCCUACGUCUCUUCCGCAAAACAGUAAUGAAUUUGGAGGCCAUGUUCAUAUAAAUGGUGAGGUCCCUUAUUAAUAUAAAAAGAAAAAAAAAUUAAUAUAAAUACUCAUAGUGAAAUCAAUUGAAUGCUCAUCAAAUAAUGUAAUAAAAAGUUUAAAAUCACUUAAUGUUUGAUUAAAAGCAGCAUAACUCAUCACUCAAUCAAUUUGAGUAAAAUAUGAGCAAAAGUACGGGAAAAAAAUUAUUUUAUUGAUUAGUAUUUUUAAAUAUUGUUACUAUGUGAUACUAAUAUUUUAAAAAAAUUGAGGCCCCAAAAUCGGGAAGCUGUAGAACAUGUUGAACAUGAACGCCGGCUCUGCUCUUCCAUAAGCUUUGGUCGUCCUUCAAUGGUAGGAAAGAAGAGAAUCGAAGUGACAAGCUUGCCCAAAAUGUGUGGGGAUUAUACUUUGGGGUGGGAUGAGAUCAGAUGUGGCUGGUUUGCUGUUGAAAGAGAUGCAGAACGUAAUGAAUGGAAGGAAGUGGAUCCAGACCUGAAGCAGUUGGGUCGUGGUCUGGCAGAUGAGUAUACGGAUCCACCCAAAGGCACUGUUAAAACUAUCGCGAAUGGAUAUGGACAUGUGGUGGACUUCGUGCCGUGUGAGACGGAACAGGAGCCAAGAUUUUUGCUGUUGAGACCUCCAGGCACUUGCAGUAGGCAGAGGAGGACUAAGAGAGAGUUGGAAGCAGAACGCAGAAUGCCUGUGAAGCAGGUCCCUGAUUAUGCGGCCUACGCUCACACAUACAUACCUAGCGCACCAGCUUUUUCACCCACCCAGGGAGCACUUUCACCAGCAUAACAUUCCAGGCUCCCGGUUCCGGUUUCCCUACUAUUUAUCUCUCAUGUUUUCCCACAUUAAGCUAGAUCAAAUAAAUUAAUGUAAUUACUAUACCUGUAUCCCAUCCUUGUGCGUAUUUUCAACUUUCCUCAAAACACAUAUGGCUAGGCUUCUCCUUUUCAAGUUAUUGGUUCAAUUUAUGAGGGAGGCUUGACUAAUGAAUACUUAAUUUAGUGUUAAGUUGGUAGAAUUCAGAUGCUCUGAGAAAAGUUCUAUUGAAUCACAACAAUUCAGAUGCGUAUUUGAAACACA